AUGCCUUUUGGGCUCAAGAACGCCGCCCAAACGUUCCAGCGCCUGAUGGAUUUGGUGCUGCGGGACCUGCCAUUCGUGUUCGUCUACCUGGACGACAUACUCGUCGCCAGCGCUCCGGUGGAAGAGCACCUGUCGCUCCGUACGACCCCCAUUCAGGCGAUCGACUGGACGGCGGAAGCUGCGUCUGCUUUCACGGAGGUCAAGACCGCGUUGGCUCAGGCGGCCCUGUUGGCGCAUCCAUCAUCCACGGCUCCCAUCUCCAAUACCACAGACGCAUCGGACUACGCUGUUGGUGCGGUGCACGAGCAGUGGUGGCAUGGGCUGAAAAAGGACGUGAGGACUUGGGCUGGUGAGUGCGUGGCUUGUCAGCGCGCUAAAGUGCACCGCCACACGAAGGCCCCUUUGGAGCGUUUCCUGGUGCCUGAGAGGAGGUUUGACCACGUCAACAUCGACCUGGUUGGUCCAUUGCCCUCCUCUCAGGGUUUUUCCUACCUCCUCACCAUGGUGGACAGGAGGACCCGUUGGCCGGAGGCGGUUCCUCUCGUGUCAACACCACCCGCAGACAUUGCCCGAGAUUUCAUUGCCCGAGCUUUCAUUGCGACAUGGGUGUGUAGUUUUGGCACCCCGUCAGACAUUUCCUCGGACAGGGGCUCACAGUUCACGUCCGACCUCUGGAACGCCGUGGCGAGUGGUUUGGGGGUUAAGCUGCACAGGACUACCGCUUACCACCCAGGCCUCUGUGAGCGGUUCCAUCGCUCCAUGAAGGCGGCCCUGAAGGCCGGCCUGACGGAACGUAAUUGGGUCGACAAGCUGCCUUGGGUGAUGCUGGGCCUGAGGACCGCGCCUAAGGAGGAUCUGCAGUGCUCCACGGCGGAGUUGGUGUACGGUCAGCCACUGAGGGUUCCGGGGGAUUUCCUCCCCAACGCAUCGGCUCCCUGGUCGGCGACGGCCCAGCGGGCUUUCCUGCAGGACGCCGCUGAGGCCUUUGCUCCGAUCCCCACUGCUCGGCACGGUACUCAGGUGUCCCGGGUUCCCAUGGAGCUCCGCCCGGCGGGGCAUGUGUUUAUCCGAAAUGACGCGCACAGGGGACCUCUACAGCCCCCUUACGAUGGGCCUUUCCGGGUUCUGGAGCACGGGGACAAACACCUUGUGGUCGACCUAGGUGAAUUUGACUGUAUCAGAGAAGAGGUACAGUAG